CUUCCUCUUGACUGCUGUCAUUUUUCACUUUGGCACCAAAAUGAGAAGGUUUCUGCAGGUCCUUUGUCUCCUGAGUCUCAGUGAGGGUUCGCUCAGUCAAGAAUGUGAAAAAGAACUGAGCAAGAAUGUGGAGUUCAUCGGGAAUGAUGUCCUUCAGAUUUUCUCUCCAGACGCUGUUCACUGUCAACUGGCCUGUACACAGCACCACUUAUGCCAGUUCUUCUCGUUCUUCCAGUCCGACUGGAUCAAAGACAACAGAAAAUUCCACUGCUAUUUGAGAAAGACCCAAGAAAAUAAGCCCACCAAGAUAAAUGCGGAAAACGGAGUGACGUCCGGCUACGCACUGAGGAGCUGCGGCAAGCCUGGUGAACCCUGCUGGUCUGUGGUGUACAAAGACGUGGUGUUUAACGGCUCGGACUACUCCACCCUGUUUACCGACAGCUACAAGAACUGCCAAAUCACCUGUAACAAAGACCUUUCCUGCAUGUUCUUCACCUAUCACACUGAAGAUUAUAACAUUGCUGACCAGAGAUACCAGUGCCACAUGAAACAUAGCAGGACACUUCCUGUACCCCCAGUGAUCAACCCUGUGUCUGAUGCUGUUAGUGGUUUUUCCCAGAGGCCAUGCCAAGACACCCAGUCAGCAGGUUGCACCCCGGUGUUUCAUGUACGCGUUGAUUUUCCCGGAAAUGACUUUGAGAUGCUGAAGGCCCCCUCAGCGAAAUAUUGCCAGCUGCUAUGCACUGCACAUCCUCGAUGCACCUUCUUCACAUUCAACUCCCAAAUCAAGAACUGUUUCCUCAAGCACAAUAAAGAGAAAUGCCAUUCUAAUCCCCAUGACGAUGGCAUCUCUGGAUUCCCCAACCGACACUGUGGCCUCCCAACAGGCUGCAUUCAGGAGAGGUUUGAAAACAUAGACUUUAAUGGGUAUGACCUACACUCCCUGCGUCUGGAUGAUGUCCAGCAGUGUGAGGACACCUGCACAGCUGACCCCUUCUGCCAGUUCUACACUUAUGCUUACAAGAGCAUUGCAAACCCCUAUUACAGGCAACUUUGUCACCUGAAGCGUGUAAUGACAAUUCCAAUGCCGAUCAUCGUUGGACCUAUGCUGGGGACGGUCUCAGGGUUUCACGAGCGCGGCUGCAGCUCAGGAGAAUUUUAGCGUGGACAGACCCAGGGCAGCAAGAUACAUGAUGUUCACACAGCAGGCUUCACCAACUGGAUCCAGAGCUCCAUCUAUGGCUGACUCCACAGACAGAUACGGCUACACUGAGAUUCACGCUAAAUGUAUAACAUGUCCAGGUUAUGGAAACAGAAACAAUGCAAACAAAGUACAAAGAAGGGUAAAUUUCUCUUGGAGCCUGAAUCAUUUCCUUCUCCAGAGGUUUGUGGUUUCCUGGAAUUUGCAAAAUUUUUCAUCAGCACAAAACUUUGAAAUAUACAGAUGCAUAGUUGAAGCAAAACAAACACAAGCGUAGAAUGUUGUCUAAAUCUAAAAGACUUUAGCAGAGAAAUAAUGUCUGCUCUUGAAACUGACAACUAAAAUCGCUGUUUUAGAGUCUUUAAAAAGGUGAGAAACGCAAAAAAAAAACCUUAAUAAACCUAUCAGAAAAUUAA